GAUGAGUCACCGAUACAUAAACGUGCUUUUUUCACAAUCGCAGUCAGAAUAUACCUGUGGCUCAUUUAUACGGGCUGGUGCAUUCAGUUUGCGUCUUCCUCUCUCACCCAAACUUGACUGUUCUAAAGACAUGAUUUCAGCAGACGUCACUCAUCUGCAUAGGGAGUAAGAUGCAACCAUCCUGCGAGCAGGCUCCUCGGAACCUGAAAACCUCCGCGUCUCUGCCAGGGAAAAACACUGGGCCCGCUGAUCGCUGCACACAUCAGACGACAAACAUGGAAGGAGGAGGAUGUUACUAGCGUCCGCCGUGGUGGUCUGGGAAUGGCUGAACGAGCACGGACGCUGGCGGCCGUACAGCCCGGCUGUGUGUCACCACAUCGAGGCGGUCAUUCGGAGCGACCCGCGGUGUGGUAGCGUGGUCCUCGGCCAAGUGGACUCUCGCCUCUCGCCCUACAUCAUCGAUUUACAUUCCAUGCACCAAUUCCGACAAGACACAGGUACCCUUCGACCUGUUCGACGUAGCUUCUACGAUCCCAUCACAGCACCAGGCCAAGGCUGGUUGUGGGAGUGGGAGAACAACGCUGGCAGUUGGACAGCAUACGACACAGAGGUGGGCAUCGCCAUCCAGGCAGCUCGUGAUCGACAGCAGCCCUGGCUGGACCUGGCGCCGCUGGGGUUUUGCUACCUGAUUGACUUUGAAAGCAUGACCCAAAUCAAUGGGCAGACGCAGCGCUGCCGACGGAUCCAGAGACGCGCCGAUCUGGCAUACCCACUGGUGUCUGGACCCUUACCCAGAUCCCACCAUGCAUGGGGACCCGCAUCUAUGCCCGGCUAUGGCGGACUGCUCGGCGUUGACGUUUCCGGAGUAAGCAUGGGGAUGAGGAUGAGCAGCAGUGGGAUUGGAAAUGGGAGCGCUUACCCAAGCGGGGCACUUCCCGCUUCGGCAAUCACUUCUUUGGGACAACCCUGUGCUUGUCAACAGUGUAUGUUGGUGCUAAGUCUCAAAGCGGGAACAAUGUCGACUGCCCACACUCUGGGCCGAAGACCACCACAGACUAAGCCACCCAGUCCCAAAUUAAGCAGCUACCCCAUCCCAGGAAGCUCUUAUUCUCUGACUCUCCCCCGGCCCCCAUCGCUGUCAUCAAGAUCUCUCUCUCCUCACAGGACUUCUGGGUUUGGGGCGACUGGUGGUUACAAUGUAACUGGUAUGGGAGUUCCAGGAGGGAUGGGGGUUAUUGGUGCUGGUGGCAUUGGCAGUAACACCUUCGGGUUUGGAAGUAGCUUCACACACUCGCUUUCCCUGCUCGGACCAGCUACUGCUUCCCUCUCCAUCUCCUCAACUCGUCCCCCACCUCCUCCUCUCCCACCACCUCCUCCACCACCGCCUCCACCCUCUACUGCUCCCAUGUCGACCUCCAUCCCUCCGCCUCAAACCUCAGCUUCCUCCACCCUCUCCGUCUCCUUUUCGGCCCCCACUCAUCAAAACCCAGCCGCAGCUCUCAUCUCGACUGCCACCUCCACCUGCACGCCGUCGCCUUCUGCCCGUGUUCUCGGUCCAGUGUCUUCAUCUGGUGCUGCUGCCUGUGCGGCCCCCUUGCCGCCGCGGUCUAGCCUUGCCGGUCUGAGUCGUCCUGCCCUGCAGCGUAUCGCCAUGGCUCAGUCGCGAGCACUUAUUGCCUCCGGAGUGCCAACAGUUCCAGUAAAGAACCUGAAUGGAUCCAGCCCUGUGCAUCCUGCCUUGGCAGGUAUUACGGGCAUCCUGAUGAGUGCUGCGGGACUUCCUGUCUGCCUCACACGCCCUCCUAAACUGGUACUUCAUCCCCCACCUGUCAGCAAGAGCGACAUCAAACCUGUGCCUGGCUUGAGCCAGAGCUGCCGCAAAACCACAAAGAAGCAAGCUCGGAAAGGCAAAACACCAGAGGAAGUGGUGAAGCGUUACCUUCAGAAAGUCCGAAAUCCUCCAGAGGAGGACUGCACCAUCUGCAUGGAAGCCCUGGCAGGACCUUCGGGCUACAAGGGCCCCGGCGUGGGUGGCAUCUCCCGGGCCGAGUCAGUGGGCCGUCUGGCACAGUGUGGUCACCAGUAUCACCUCCAGUGUCUUGUUGCCAUGUACAACAACGGCAACAAGGACGGCAGCCUGCAGUGCCCUACUUGCAAGACUAUCUACGGGGUGAAGACGGGCAAUCAGCCCCCAGGCAAAAUGGAAUACCAUGUCAUCCCCCACUCACUUCCGGGACAUCCAGACUGCAAAACCAUCCGCAUAAUCUACAACAUCCCGCCUGGGAUUCAGGGCCCUGAGCACCCAAAUCCAGGAAAACCGUUCACAGCACGUGGUUUCCCCAGACACUGUUAUCUCCCCGACAGUGAGAAGGGUCGCAAGGUUCUGAGACUUCUCUUGGUAGCGUGGGACCGCAGGCUCAUCUUCUCCGUAGGCACGUCCAGCACAACCGGCGAGUCCGACACAGUGAUCUGGAACGAGGUGCACCACAAGACCGAAUUCGGCUCCAACCUCACAGGCCAUGGGUACCCUGACCCGGGCCACCUGGACAACGUGCUGGAGGAGCUGAGGGCUCAGGGCAUCACCGAGGAGGAGUGCCUAACUAGAGAUUGAACCGAUAGACGUUUGGAGCACAAACGACCUGAUAUGAGACUGAUGAUGAUGCAGUUCUCUGAGCUAUUUUCUGACAAAUGGAAAAGAUUGAUUGUGAAUUAACAGCUGUUCAAAGACACUUUGCAGGAAUGGUUUCAGCUUCUGACGACGGAGGCACAUUUUUUGCUGUUCUGAUGCUGAAGACGCAUCAAGGCCACAAGGGGCUUAUAUAAGCCCACAGUAGUUUAAAAAUGAUCCGUCAUUUCUUACUGAGAGGCUUCGUAAAAGAGAGGCAUGAUGAGAAUGUAACUGAGGUUAUGUUUUUUUGUUUUGUUUGUUUUUUUUUUGUGAUUUUUGACAUGUUUACCACUGUUGCUGCUUUGCUGGACUCAGAGAGGAAUUUAACUGAAGGAAAAUGUUUUGGUUUUUUUAUGUUUUUUCAGUCUUAGUCAACAAAGCAAAACAUUUUAACUUGAGAUAAAUCAAAUGUUUAACAGGAUAUCUGAGCAUGGAUAUUUCCUGACCUCUAGUGACACUUUUUCAGAACUGCAUUCCUUUUUUUGGUCUGAUUUAUAAAUGUAUUCUUAUAUAUUACAAAUACUUGAUAUAUGAUGUUGGCUACACUCAUUCUUGUUUUUAUAUUUUAUUUUAUACGUUGUUUCACUGUUUUAUUGGCUCGGGCCAACGUCGUGCUGGUGUACAAAAGACUUUGUUUUCUUCUUUAACCUCCAUUUUCAGGAUUUUGUAUUUGAUAAGCUCACAAAUGAACAUUCCCUAAUCAUUUGUUGCUCAACGUACGAGUGCUUUUAAAAGCAUUCUGUGUUUUAUUGUUCAGGACUAAAAGAUGAAAGCCUUGAGUCAUUGAUUAUUGUCCCCCGAGGAGCAAAUUCACCAAAAAGCUAGGAUUUAAAUUUUAGAACCCUCUGCCUGCCAUCAGAUUUGCUCAGAGCUUUCUCCUUAGCGUCAGAAGAAAACAAGAUCGUUUGCAUCUAAUGGUUUUUGCGUGUCUGAGACACAAAAAGACACCAGCCUUUAGUCACACUACAGAAUGUGGUAAAUGUUGUUUAUUUAUUUUUUUGUCAUGUUCACAUUUUGUCAUAAGAAGGUGCAAAACGACUAUCAUGAAGUGGAUUCAGUUUCGGCCAAAGUCAGUUUGCAUUAAGUGGACUGUUUUACUGUGAGGUAUGUUGGAGGUGUGUUGGGUUAUAGUAAUGUGGGCCAACAUUUAUACUUUAUGAUACUUUAUGUAAGUAUGUGUUUUAUGUGCAGAUUUGAAUUAAACUGUUUUCUAAGAGAGCAA